AAGGUUUUAUAGAAGUUUAGCUCGUAAGCAAAUCUCCUUAAAAUACCUCACAUAAAUUAAUGAAGAGGAAAAAUGCAGGAACACCUUCUUCUUUUGAACAUAAGUUUAACCAGAACCCUGUAUUAUAUGGGUUUUUAAUUACUUGUUUAUUUAUUUUUUAUUGUUUUGGAGGUUUUAACGAAAUAAAGUAAAAUAAAAUAAGAGAAGGCAGACAUUUAAGCUCCCAUUUGUUCUUCCUUGGUUGCCAGAUACUUCAUCCCAUGCUCUGACUGACUGCAAAAAUGGUGGAUGUAAUAUUUAAAAAUAAAAUAAAAUAAAAAAAUGCCUCAAAUAAAUACUGAAUGAUUAAAUACUGCUAUUUUCAAGCUGUUUAUCUCCUUGACUUUUUUGUGGGGUUUGGCAGUUUUUAGAUGACUUUAGGGCUGAAAACCCGUGACUCUAUCUGGCAACACUGCUCUGGAGAAUGGAUGACAUCAUAGCGGCAGACGUCUUUAAUCAGUGACGGUCACGCGGGUGGCUCGGUUCGUGUGCCGGCGGUGAGGAGGCUUUCUGCUCGGUACGGUGGCGUCCUCGCGCUGCGGCAGUCUCCGUUCGCGGGUCUGACCUGUUACUGUUCGAUGUGACGUCACUCGGAACAUGUCCGCGCGGCUCGGUUCGGGCUGACGCAGCCGUCCCCCGCUCCUUCCAGAGCAGCAGCGUGAACCAACAGGCUCCAGCAAUUAACGAGACUUAGUGAUGCAGCAGAAGCUCUGCUCCAGAAGUGCUGGCUCUUUCCUUCUAGAGAAGAACGUCCAGGCCUGUGGUGCCGUCCCAGAAGCCGUCUCCUCCUGCAAACUCCCGUUCCGGUGCCCUCGCUGCGGCGAGCAGGAGCGUUUUUGCAGCCUGGCUUCUCUGCGCGCCCACCUGGAAUACCACCACUCCUACCGAUCCCCAGAUGUGACCUCCGGCGGUUUCAGCAUCACAGGAAAACUCCCUGACCCGCUGACGGCUGCGAUCCCCUGGCAUGAAAUGAGCCUCCCGACCCGCAGGGGGCAGCAGAGCGCGGGCAGGCCUCCGCAUGUCCGCUCCCUGAGCGACAGCAGGGACAGCGGGUACUUCCACUCCUACAGCUCUGUGAGGAGGCGCACUCAGAGCGUCGGGGUGGGCACCCAGGAGGAGGAGGAUGAGGAGGAAGCAGGGAUGGAAGCUGAAGUAGAUGAUGAUGAAGAUGAUGGUGAGGAAAGGGAUGAAGGCAGAAAUGAGGACUUCAAAUUGUCCAGCAGAAGGUCAGAGGCGUGUCACCACAUCAGCCACCAGCAGCACCUGCCAUUCCCGCUCCCAGCCCCCCUCAGCCCUGCAGAACCUCUUCCAGACCUGGAGCUCAUGGAGCAGAGCCCGUUCCCUGGCCUCCAGGCGGCAGCGGCUUCGGCCGCCGUGCGGCGGCGCCUGGCCAGCAUGCUGCGGGCGGCUGACAGCACCAUGCAGCGGCGGCUGGCCCGGCUCAGCACGGAGCUGGCCCACACCGACACAGAGCUCCUGUGUGAGCGCGCUCACUCGCAGCACCUGGCGCAGGAGCGGCAGGAAGUCGCAGACAGAGAGAGGUCGCUGAGUCGGCAGGUGGACGUGGCGGUCAUGGUGAUCGCCGCCCUAAAGGAGCAGCUGAACGCCUCAGAGAACGAGCUGGAGCGGCGGGAGAGGGAGGUGUCGACUAUUCAGAAGUUCCUGGACGCCGCAGUCCGACAGGAAACCAGCGGUAAAGUUCGGAUCCAACAGUUCAUAGAAAAUUUGCUGACCCGCAUCGCCCUGACUGAGCGACUGGUGGAGUAUUACCAGGUUAACGGCAGCCCGCCUCAGUGCAACCACCAGCAGGUACCAACAGAUCACACUUCUCAGCCGGAGAACUUCGCUCACAGAAUCACUAAAAGCAGGUCAGCAGGAGGACAGCUGUUCUCCUACGGUUUCCCAGACAGAAGAACCCAGUCCUUCACCCAGUUCGGAGGCCACCCCGCAGCUUCUAAAGUCUCCGGGGAACGGGAUCGCGAGCGGGAGCACCGUGAGCGCCUGGCCCAGUCGUCCAGGCUGUUCUGCCGGCCGGAACACAGGAACGACAUCUGGAACCACCAGCGGCGCCGCUCCACCGGGUACGAGGCCUAGAACUUUGGGACAGCGGGGGCAGCUGCGAGUUAACCCGAGGAAACUGUGGAGAAUCCCAGAUUACAGCAGUUCUGCUGCUAAUCUGGAAAUGUACAUUUAUGACCAGAAUAAAGCUGAAUCAGAUUAUUUAUGAUGUAAAAGUAGAGAGAAAAAGCUGCAGGAGAAACUUUGAAGGUUUCAACUCUUAACACUUUUUGGGGUGGAGCCUCUUCAUCAGCACAAACGCCUGACGCACUUAGGUGUGUAAACAUCUCCAUCUGCUUUAGCUCAGUUCUCACAUCCAGUUCAGAGCGUGACCCGUUCACAUGUUCUGUGCCAGGAGGAACCUGGUUUCCUGAAUCCAUCAUUGUGUGAAGUAACCAGGAUGGAGGUUUAAGGCCGGGUUUCCUCAUUUGCACAAAAGGUCUGCUGGCAUGCAGGACCGACGCUUUCAGAAGGAGAGAGGACAGAGAAGAGGAGGAAACCAGGUUUCUUUAGCACUGUGAAGACAUAACAAACUAAUCGAAUGAGACUCAAAUACUCCUAAUCCACGAUUGUCCCCCAUGUCAGAACCUCUGUGGAGGUUUGAGGUGUUUCAGGUAGAUGUUGAAGCUGCGGCGGGAAAACUACACAACAAUCGAGACACUUUAGCUUGUUUGAAGGAACGAAAGUGAAGAAACUCAGGGUAAGAGAAAGUGUUCUGUUUGGGCCUUUUGGCGUUAGUUUGGUUCUCAAAGCACAGACAGAAGUUCUGGGUCCGACUCAGACCUGAGGAAGUCCUCUUUUCAGAUCUGCAGGAUGAAGAGAGAAUAGAUUUUUGCUUAAGGGAAAUGCAGUCGAUUACUACUGUUCUGACUUGCUGCAUCUUCAUCCUCCUUUCUUCAUCCUAUGGUCCAAACUAGUGACUGUGUAUGAGAACUGGACUGAGUGAGUGUGAUGUCACCCAUAGAAAGUAGUUAAUUUCUGGUUCCAACCAAAUGAAGUCGAUUAAUUUACCAUUUUUUCAUGAUACAGAUUUUGGCUUCUUAGAACCAGCUGGUACUUCCUGUUUGGAACACCGGGGGGGAGGAGGAGGGGUCACUCAGUCCAGUUCUCAUAUCACAGUCCAAAAGCAGCUUCAAUGAAUGUUCAAAAUGGAUCAUGAACAGCUUCACCUUCAGCUUCUAUCAUUUUCAAAAGAGAAAAAUGCACUUUGUGGUCUGAAUUCCUAAUGUUGACAGUUUCCCUGCUAGUUUGGAGGAUUUUUGUUGACACUUUUCUCCUAGAAGAAAGUUUCUGCAAUAAUGACAUCCAGAAGGAUCUGCAGGAGGAGACGCAUGUGGUUCAUUGUCCCAGAAACCGACCUGCAGCUCCAUGAAUGUACAAAGCAGAAGAAAGCUGGACCGACGCAGCGGCCCGUGUGAGGCGUACCUGCGCUCAUCUUUUCUAUGACGUGUUUACGUGUCGUUUGUGAGACUCGGUAUCAAAGUUUUGUUGGAGCUACACAUGCGCCAUCUUUGUUUUUGGCAGCUGUGGAAAUUCUUCAACUAAAAUAAGGUGGAGUUGUUGUAAAACUGAAGGUAAAAAAAAGAAAAGCCUUUAGCUUGUUUAUUUAUUGAGAUAUUUUACAGUAAAAAGGUUCAACGUUCAGUUCAUUAGUGUAUUUAUAAUUUGCAAAAACAGUCUUCUUUGCUGCGUCAGAAAUCAGGAAGUUAGAAAAGGUUUGAUCUGAAGCCUCUGAAAACCUUCAAGCUCUUUUGAUCCUAAGAUCAACCUGAAUCUGAAAGCUCCUGGAGAACCUCUAAAGUCCCUUUCAUAGGGAAACUGGAGCGUUUGGAGGUCACUUCCUGAAGACCUGAGGAGGGACAGAAUCAAGCAGUUCUACCAUCGGCUGCUUUGUGACGAUGGAAGACUUUUGAUCGGUCUGGAUUCUUCCAAGGAGACGUAAACCUCAGCACUGCUGAGUCGGUCUCUGAUGUGAGAACAAAACUUAAUUCUCCUUUUUAGUUUCUAAAAUAUUCAUUUUUGUGAAGGUUUUUAAAACUUGUUUGAUUUUGAAAUCCAUGUAAUGGUUAAAAAAGAACUCUGCAGCUCAAACCAUGUGUAAAAACGCUCCAUGGUUGGAAAAGAAAUUAUUCAGAAAAUCAGCAAUAUUUCAAAAAGAAUGACUGAAAGGGGCUCGACUUCCAUUUAAGGUUUUUCUUAAAAAAAAACAGCUUCUCAAAGUGAAAACUGAGACUUUAUUGUUAUUUAGAAAGGUUUGAAUUAACAUAAAAGUCCGAAUUCCCUCACCACUCCCAGUUAGUGCUCAAUUUUGUAGAGCUGUCCAAAUCUACAAUUCCAAAAUGCGUUGCCCUGGAAAUUUCCCAGAAGUCUCUGCGACAAACUAAUAUGCAUUGAUGCAUCACGUUUGAACCAUUUGUCAUUUGAAGAAAUCCAUAAACUGUCUUUUGUAAAUGGCUGUCAUAUUUGGCAGUUAAAAUAAAAAUAAGCAGUUAGCGUGGUGUCUGAAUUAUCCAGGGCACUGGAUGGUCGGUCCCUGUGUUUUAGAGGUUCAGGAGUAGUGAAGGAAUUCAGACAAAGCUGUUGUUUUAUCAGAGCCGCAUCUUCCUCGUUUUUAUGUUUCUGUUAUUCCGAAUACUUUAUUUGUAGCCAACAGUUAAACAGACUUUUACUCUCCAGAUGUGAUUUUAGAGUUUGUCCUCUACAGCAGCAUCAGUGCUUAAUGUUUCCUACUGUGGGUUCGGCGCUGAAGCGUGCAUGAAGCUACGAUUCCACUCCAUUGAGUUUUGGUGACGGCGUGCUUCACGUGUGGCCAAAAGAGCAAAGUAUCUAUCAAAAGCUGUAAUCUCAUCCGUGUACUUUAGUAGCAGAGCCAGCUCCAUUGUCCUGGGACUUGAUGGACAGUCACAACCAGCAGCCUGGAAGAGCUGGUCACAAAGGGGCGGGGUUUGGCUGACUAUCAGAUGAAAACAUCUAGAAAACAGACUUUUGAAAACAAUGAGGAGGAGGGAUUAAAAGAAAGCUGCAGAAAAGUCAUUUUAUGGCGUGUUUUUGUUCUGUCGGUGAUAACCUGUUUUUAUGUGUUUUAGGAGAUGGUUUGGUGUCUUUCUGUUCGUCUUUUUGGGAUUUUGUCUGCAAAGUGAUCUCUAGUUUUGUGCCUUCACUCAGCAGUUCUGUAGUCUGUAAAAUGAAAUGCAAUACUGUGAAGAAACGAGACUUUGUGUUGAAACCUGUUGGUGAACAUUAAAGGAAAAAACUGUCUGUGCA